AAGCCUCUCUGUGAGCGCGGAUACACGGAUUUGUUGUGUUGUGUUGUAGUUCUAGCUGUGUGUUUAACGGUAAAAACGUUUCGUUUUAGCGUUUUAAAAGAUUUAAAAUCCACCAAAAAUGAGUUUGUCCCUCAGAACUGAUCUUGCGGCAGAUAAAACCAAGCGAAAGAAGAGGAGAGAGCUCACUGAGGAUCAGAAACAUGAAAUCAAAGAAGCUUUCGAGUUGUUCGACACCGACAAAGAUAAAGAAAUCGAUUAUCACGAGCUGAAGGUGGCGAUGCGUGCGCUCGGCUUCGAAGUGAAGAAAGUUGAUGUUCUGAAGAUCCUUAAAGAUUAUGACCGAGAGGGAAAUGGAAAAAUAACAUUUGAGGAUUUCAAUGAAGUCGUGACUGACCGCAUCCUGGAGCGAGACCCGAAGGAGGAGAUCAUGAAGGCCUUCAAGCUGUUCGAUGACGACGAGUCGGGCCGGAUCAGCCUGAGGAACCUGAGACGAGUUGCUCGAGAACUCGGGGAGAACGUCAGCGACGAGGAGCUGCGCAGCAUGAUCGACGAGUUUGACGCAGACGGAGACGGAGAAAUAAAUCAGGAGGAGUUCCUGUCCAUCAUGACCGGAGACUCGUGAUGACGACUCAGAGACUCAACGUGUCGCAGUGAGAGAAGGUAAACAACAGUGGGCUCAUCUGAACCUGACAGGACUGGAUUAUACUUGAUUCUGUAGAAAAGAGGACCAACUUUGUGCCUCCAGUCUCUCCUCAACAUGUGAUCUGUUGACAUCAUGACGCUCUUUAAUCUAAAUGAACUCCACGUGACUAUUACAUCAUUCUGACUUCAUAAAAACAUCCAAAUUCACCUCAAAAGUAACAUUCAGAUGAAUUUAAUGUUGUGAGUUUAUUGAUUUAUAUUCUGUGUUUGCUGGGAGUAACACACACAUUUCAUACUGUAGAGGAACUUUCUGACCGGUUGUAUUUGCAGCGUGAAUGUUUAAAUGUGCUAUUUAUUUUGUAUACAAAUAAAUCGGUUUGACUGCGA